AUGGCCCGUCAUGGAGCUGACGCCCACGACGUUCAGGUGCGCAUAGAACUCGUCGAGCAUCAUGCUCAUACUGUUGAGAAGGCUGCUCAUGUAGCCGCUGCCACCGGAGCCGGACUCGCCCUCGGCGGACCCGAAAGCGUUGCGUUCCUCAUCCUCGCGCAGCGCGGCCUGGAAGGCGUCAAAGUCGGUCAUCCACUCCUUGGCAAAGGACGCGUCCUGCACGUCUGUCUUGUUGAAGACGAGGAUCAUGGGGAGCUUGGUCUUGUACAGGAUGCUGCAGGCGUAGAGCAUGUUGCUCAUGAAUGUGCUGGUCGAGCGGGCCUCGAUCUGGCCGGGAGUGUCCACCAGGAUGUGCUCGAUGGGCUUGCGCCCGGCAUUCUCUGGCGUGUCUCGGGCUGUGCGCUUCUCCAACAGGUUCAAUAUCUGGUCAACCUUUGUCGCGAACAGGUUCAGAGAUGUGAGGAUGCCGCCGUUGGGUCCCAGGUUGUACUGCUUCAUGACCUCCUUGUAGUUGACCGAGUCGCGGAUGUCGAUGUUGCUGUCGAACGGGACGUUGAGCACGGCCGGGUCGAGGUUGAUGACAUACGGAGGGUCCUUCUUGCCAUGUAG